CAUUCUGUAUUGCGUGUAACGUUACAAAACAUUCGGUUUCUUGCGUCACUGAAUGUAGCCUAAAUGCGUGUCUGUGCACGUGUAGCGGUGUUGAUCUGUGACCCGAUUUCCCGAUCUGAUGGUGAAUGUAAUGUAGAUCGUUGUACAUCUGCAGAAAGUAGACUUUUAAUGGCGCGAGGAAGGGCUCAGACAGAUUCCUCUGCAUCGAAGCAGACGAAGAAAGUCAAUUCAAAGAAAAGACCGAAUGAAGAACAAGCUGAAACACUCUCCAAGAAGCUGAAAGCCAAAAAAGAAGGCAAGGCAGCACAAAAAACUGAAACCUACAUACAAGCAAGUGUCAAAUGGAUUGGAGCUCAACCUACCUGCAAAACUAUGCGCAAGUGCACCUAG